GGCCAUUCGUGGCACCAUGUCGUUUAAUUUCCCGGGCUAUAUAAACAGGCUACGACCGGGAUUGAGCUGGAAUAAUUGCCAUAAUUGAUUCCAUAGUCUGCGAAAGCACGAAGCACGAAGAAAUGGCCAUCACAGCGCUCAACGCCUUCCUGCUCAGUGUGACUCUGGGCGCAUCGGCCGUGCAGGCCUCGCACUUCGAGACUCUGCACCAUCUAGGCGCCAAUUCACCUUGGUUUGCUGGUCCGAAUGUCAAUUCUAUCUCGAACGCCGUCCCGGACGAAUGCUCCGUCGACCAGGCCGUCUACGUCGUUCGUCAUGGAAGCAGGUAUCCUGACCCGGGGGCGUAUGCCGAAUGGCAGGCUCUUCAUGACGCAUUCCAAUCCGCCGACUUCACUGCCUCUGGCGCACUGAGCUUCAUCUCCAAAUGGAGUCCGGUCUUGAAGCAUCCCGACCAACAGAUCGCUCAGCUGUCUGUGACGGGGUAUAAGGAACUGUAUAAUCUCGGCGCCGACCUGCGCUUCCGAUACCCUGAUUUCUACACCGACAACACCCCCUUCAUGCUCUGGGCGAACGAGUAUCAGCGAACGAUCGAUUCCGCCAGACUCUUCGCCCGCGGCUACCUCGGCCCCAACGCCUCCUACGGCAACGUCCUCGCCAUCAACGCCUCUGCGCCCCUAGCCGUCGGAAACUCCCUCGCGCCGUCCGGCCAAUGCCCGACCUUCAAGGACGCCAGUGGCGGCGAGCAGGCCUCCACCUGGGAUAGUAUCUACCUGCCGCCGAUCACGGAGCGUCUGAACAAGCUAAUCGCAGGGAAUCUGACGCUCACGGACAGCCAGGUGUCGACCUUUCCGUACCUGUGUGGCUUCGAGACGCAGAUUACGGGACGCAGAAGUCCCUGGUGUGAGGUGUUCACGAGGCAUGAGAUUCUGCAGUAUGAGUAUCGGCAGGAUUUGAGGUAUUAUUAUGGGACUGGUCCCGGCGUAAACGCCAACAUGACCGUCAUGCUUCCCGUGCUGCAAGGAAUCGUCGAUCUGCUUAAAUCAGGACCCAAUGUCACCGCGAAGACAGGCAGCGACAACGGAACCGUGCCGCUCCCUCCGCUGGUCGUGGCGUUUACGCACGACAACGAGAUCAACGAGCUGACGUCUCUGCUGGGCGUGUUUGAGGACCAGAAGCCGCUUUCUGCGAGCAGGAUGGAUCCGCAUAGGAUCUACACCAGCAGCAGAGUCAACCCCAUGCGCGGAACCAUCGCAUUCGAGCGUCUGAACUGCGGCGGCGAAGUCAACGUGCGCAUCUUGUUGAAUGAUGCGGUUUAUCCUCUCCCCUCGUGCCACUCCGGCCGCGGAAAAAGCUGCCCCGUAGACCAGUACGCCUCGUACGUGUCUUCUCAGAGAGAGAAGUUCGGGUCCUUCGCUGAGAUCUGCGGCCUGAAGGACGAGGACGUCUCGACGGGAAGAGACGGCGCAGUGACUUUCUUUCGGGAUCUGGGGGUGGGUUAUUUGAGGGUUGUGAAGCCGUAGAUUUGCUUUCUUGUAUGUAC